GUUUGGUUUUAACUUUGGAAACGUGAAGAUGUUGAUAGCCCGACUUGGAUUCCUGUUGUGUGCACUGGGCUAUGCAACUGCAGCAUGCCAACCUAAUUGGCAAAGUUGUAAGUCGCAUGCGGAUUGCUGUUCGACGAUGUGCCUGACCCACCUGGGUCAGUGUGCCCCCAAAAGGGGGGAUCAGUGGUAAUUACUUGCAGCUUGUCUUGAGCUGGUGAGCUUGAGAAACUUGUGUUGCAUAUUGCCUCAUAUUGCCAGCUCAUCCCCUUUCAGCUGCUUAGACAUUCAUUCGACUGGCAAUAAUAAUAAAGCAGUGCCGCAUCAACCGACGGUGUGAAGUGAAGUG